AUCAGACCCCGGAGGGGGCAAGUAGCAUCUCAGAGCAAGAGGGAGCUCCCAGGUACCUCUCAGAUAUCUUGCUUGUCUGCUACAAAACCUCCUAUCCAAACCCUUACAGAACUAUCCCUGAAGGACUAUGAAGGCUUCAGGGAAGAAGAAAGCCCCUGUUCACCAGACUGAAGAUGUGGGGAUUGCACCAUGUCAACUGAGUGACAUGGAACAAGAGAAGAAUCAUCUAAAGAGAAUACUCAAGAAACUGUCGCUGCUGAAGCUGCUGAAGAGCGCUGAUCGCAGGAUCCUCCGUCUACGGGCAUUAGCUGUCAGCUACUGGAAGUCGCUGGCAUUCGAGGAACCUCCCAGCCUCCCAGCUGUCCCCUCAGGGACAAGUGUCUCCUCCAAGGACCCAGACACGCCUCCAGCAGAUGCCAGUGCUGAUCCGGUCUCUGAUGCUGAUGCUGAGGACAUGGAUACAGACCCUGCAGCUAUGCAGAGUAACCUUGAGCUGCCCUUGGAGACCCAGCCUCUUGAUCUGCCCCAGAAGUGCCGGUUCGAAGGCCUUCCCAAGCGGCUCCAUGUACCCGCUCCCAAGGUGCUUUGUAGACCAGCGACCCAGCGAUGGAUGAAACCCUGCUGCACCCGGUCAUGUGGCGAGACUCUGGAGCACACUCUGACCAUCCAGUACCAGGAGUGACAGGGUCUGCUUCCAGGCUUGCAGAUAUUCUGAGCUGGGCAGAGACUGAGAUGGGCUUUCAAGAGAAAGAUGAGCUGUGUGAUGCACUGAUCCAUAAUUCUACAAAUAAAGGGAAUAAUCUGCAUCCUUCAGAGACA